AUUUAAGUCUUCGCUUUUCAUCAUCAGAUCUGAGUGUUUAUGUAUUAAUCUUUCCUAUUGUGUGACUGAGAGUCUGUCUUUGACAUCAUAGCUGUUUCAUAGCAACGCUGGCCCCAGCGAAAGAGCAGGGUUCCUCUGUUCUGUAGAGUGAAGGGGAUAGGCCAGGCCGAGAGGCAGGGACAAUUGGGCAUCCUCUCCUGAAAAUUUCUUUGGUGCCUUUGGGAGGGAAAAGUGCCUAGAAGGUGGACAAGAGCUGCAUUUAAUACUGCCUACCUUGCUGACAAACACUUGGGUUCUAAAAGGGCUGGAGGUCCUUGUCUUCAUGAACUUGCAUUUCUAUUUGAAAUUCCUUACACACGAGCAGUGGUUCACACUUUCCAAAGUACUUUUAUGUGCACUGUCAUUUGAUAUUCAAAAUGACCUUCCUGAAGCAGGAAGGUUUUCAUUUACAAAGGAGGAAUCAGAAAUAGAAAAUUCAGGAAGGGUAAGUCACUUACCUUCUGGUCCAGAGUUUCUUAAUCCAUUUUGUAGAAGGAUGAGGAGCAUUGAGAGUCAGUAACUUAAUUCAAGUUAAUCUUCCCUCUCUCUUUUUAAGACUUGUUGUUUGAUUUCUUACUUGGUUAGAUUUAACUGGGAUUUUGAAACCCUUUAAAUUAGAUCCCACAAUUUGGUGGGUGGGGAAAGAGGGAGCAAAAGCCUAUCUUCAGUGCACUUGAGGUAAUUUGGAAAUUCACUUUAGCUUCUAAAAUCUGCCUCUUUGUCUUCCCAAGAGGUGCAUUUACAUUCAGUAAAAGGAUGUGGAAAGAAUGAAGACCGGUAAGGGGUCAUGAACUAGCAGAGGUGGGAAAGCAGCAACACUGUGGCUUUUCCCCUCGCCCUGCGGCCGCACCUGUUCAUGAGGAUUGGACUCCGGUUUAUUGAGUGGCAGUGUUGUAUUGGCAGUGGGUGCAUCCUAUCCUUUGAUUGUGAAGGAUAUCUCAUGUUGAAGGAACCGAGUUCCUUCGUUCCUCAGUACUGGAGAAGAUUCAACUGGAAUGCCUUGGGCUGCUGGCUGAGGGUGGCGAAAUGUCUGCUGAGACAUGAAGAUUUUGGCCGUUAGUUUUAUCCUGGGAAGUCUGGCGUUGGCAUUCCAUUUGCCCUUGGUGGUGACUUUACCUAAAACACUGGCCAUCCCUAAGAAACUGCAAGAAGCUGUGGGGAACGUGACUGUAAAUGCCACCACCUGUACUGUCACCUGUGGCCUCGGCUACAAGGAGGAGACCAUCUGUGAGGUGGGCCCAGACGGAGUGAGGAGGAAGUGUGAGUCUCGGCGCCUGGAGUGUCUGACCAACUGGAUCUGCGGGAUGCUCCACUUCACCAUCCUCAGGGGAAGGGAGUUCGAGCUGAGCUGUCUGAGUUCAGACAUCCUGGAGAUCGGGCAGGAAGCUUUCCGCUUCACCUGGAGACUCGCUCGGGGUAUCAUCUCAACUGACGAUGAAGUCUUCAAGCCCUUCCGCAGCAGUUCCCACGUCGUGAAGUUUGAAUCUGCCCAGGAGUAUGACUCUGGGACCUACCGGUGUGACGUGCAGUUGCUAAAAAACUUGAGGCUUGUCAAGAGGCUCUAUUUUGGGUUGAGGGUCCUUCCCCCCAACUUGGUGAACCUGAAUUUUCAUCAGUCCCUUACUGAGGAUCAGAAGUUGGUAAAUGAGGGCCUGGAAGUGAAUCUGGGUAACCAUUCCAGGCCUUACCGCCCACCAUGGAGAAAGAAGGUGGCUAUAGCCUUGGGAAUAGGAACUGCUAGUGGGGUGAUGGGCAGUGUGUUGGUGAGCGCUGUCUUGUUCAGGGGCCUGAGGGUGACCAGUAGCAAUGCCAGCCGGGAGACCUAACGGGCCUUGCUCUUGAGGGGUGUCCUGGCUGCCUAACUGUGGAUCCGCUGAGAGGGGGGGCUUCCAGGGCCAAAAGAGUGAGUGGGAGAUGUGGAGAGGGGGCUACAUCGUGGUAGCCAUGGGCAAUAAUCUCUCACUUCUUGUGUCCAAGAUGGAUCUCUUCCUGAACUUCCCUGCCCACUGGGUGCCCAGGGGACCUGACUGCAGGCACCUCCCCUACUGCCGGGAAGACUUGUGUCCCCCAAGCCUGCGUCCGUGUUCUGUGCUUCACAGCAUGUAAGCCCCCCUCCUCCCCCUCCCUCCUGAGCAGCAUGCUCACACAGAUGGGUAUAUUAAUAAUAGCUUUUCUAGUGAAAACAUUUUUUCCUCUUCAAUAAAAAUGAGAGUGGCUAUAUGGAGACAUAAUCCUUUCUGUUCUUUAGUUAAAAUUUUCUGGAAUUCAUUUAAAUUGUCUCAUAAUCGGUCUGGCUUUUGUUUUCCUCAAUUUCUUAGAACAGAGUUUGAACUAACUGCGUUGUAUGGGUCAUAGGCCCACGUGUGCCCGAGCGAAGGCUAGCAGUGACGCCUGACUCAGUAUGGAAUAGAUCAUCAUUAAAUGUUGAGGGUUUAUCGUCCCUCCCCAUACCCCCGGGUGGAUCCUCUGUUCAGUGUUACAUUGAUUUCUGGCAAAACACUGGCAUCUUUAUCUGAUAGGUUUCCCCUGAAAAGUUGUUGGCUUGCUCCCUGCUCCUCUCCUAGCUCUGUCAGUACCCCAAGGCCAAGUGUUGUCAGUUUCUUACAGUAGCCAGGACCCCUGAAGGGAGGUCUAGUACCUUCCUCCAUGGGAAAUCCAAUCUUAAGACCCUCAGAGGCCAUUCAGACUAUGUCUGAGAUCGUUGGCUUGUGCGUCCGUCGGGGGAAAGGCUCUUGGCCACCAGCCAAGCUAAUUCUGAGAGAAUUAUAGCACUUCGUCCCCUCGCUUUUCUCUGGCUAUGGAGGAGGUGGCGGAAACGAAGACUUGGGCCAGUGGUUCUCUUCUCCAGCUGUGUCUGGCCCACUUGCGUGAGCUUUUGAAAUACAAGACUCCUGACCCCAAGCCUGAAGGUGCUAAUUCAGUUUCAAUUAUGGCCAGUGGAUCUCUAUGGUUUCCUCCACUUUUAAUUUUUAAAAAUGUCA